UUUCCCAGUGAUCAACUCAAACAUGUCCAUGGGCCUAAAAGCUCUGCCCAUUAGCAACUGAAGCUUGUGCUACCUAUUUGCGAAUUCCAAUUCCGAGUAUGGUGGAGAGGUUCUUCCAUGGCGGCCAAACGGAUUAUCGCCGCCACCUGUCCAACCCAAUUAUGCUUCUCUCUGGUCCUCCUUCUUGCGGGAAAACGUCUCUGCUGUUCCAGUUCGCAUUGAAUACCGCCAUAGCUGAGGGAAAUGAAGCUGGCAACCCAGCAGUGAUCUUCAUAUGCAACCGCAGCAAGUUAGAAAGCAAACCCCCUUAUCUUUCUCAUGGUAUUGACCCAUCUUCUGAUGCCUUCCAACGCGUACAGAUGAAGUAUGUGGAUGAUGACGAAGGGAUCAAGAAGUACUUUGCUGCAUUCCACCUGUAUGAUAAAUUUCCAGCAGCUGUGAUUAUUGAUGAUUUUGGAGACUUUUUCAACGAAAGGGUAUGUCAAGAGAAAUAUGGGAAUCCUCGCGGAAGGGACUUGGCAAUGGUUCGGAUUCUUGCUUUGAGCCAAAAUGCAGCAAUGCAUGCCAAUGAAAAAGGAAAUUUCAAGCUUUUGCUUUCUGAUACCCACCAUGGGGACUCCCCAAGGUUGCUUUUCAUCUAUAAACGAUGGGUUUCAUCUAUUUUCACCAUCAAAGGUGAUGGCAAAGGAUCCUUUCUUCUGAGAAGAAACAGGAAUUUGGCAAGUGGGAAAUGUGAGAGGAAAAGGACUGCCAAGUACUCCAUAGCUCUUCAAUAUUUAUUUUUGGAGGGCUUCGUUGAAGAUGAUGAGAAUAAACCAGAUUGUUCCUAAUUAAUUCCGGCACCAUAUGGAAUGUCGAUUCUCAGUUUUCCAGACAGAAAACUAUUUUUCUUUUCCAUGAUAUGACUUGUAAAAUAUGUGAAAAUCUUUCAUAAGAAAGUCAAGACCUUUUCUAUAACAAUCAAGUAGUGGAAAUGAAAAUAAUGACAUUUGGAUUGUAAUA